AUGAGUGGCGACUUACAGAGCUGGGCACUGCCGCGGCUUCAGCUUCUACUACCCGUAGAUGAUGGGUCGCUCAAAGAAGUGAUUGCCUAUUCUUCGACGUUGUCGAAAGACGCUGCCGCUGAACAUCUGAAGAACCUACUGGGCGACUCUCCGCAAGCUCUGGAAUUCAUUUCAUCGUUCAACGCACGACGUGACAAUGUUAAGCCUUCCGCAUCAACCGCCGAGGAAACUGGAGUGCCCAAGCCGCAGAAGAAGGUCGCUAAGAAAGCGAAGGCGCCCCUUCAUGCUCCUGGCCCAGCGCGCCGUCCAGAGGGCUACGGUGACAUCGCAGGCGGUUACACUAAGCACUACAACACCGACGAUGACUUCGGCUUCUCUAGCAGUCGACCCGCUUCGCGAGAUCAGAAUCUUGCGCCUAUGUCCUCGACGCCGGAGGCGCUCCAAGGCCCCCAGACCAGCACAGGCGGACUGCCCUCUCGCUCUUCCGCCACCUCUCGAGAUGCCUCACCCGCAACGAAAUCGCAAAAGCUCCCACCAUCGGCGGCAGGGAACCUAAUCUCUGAUUUCGGCUUUGCGAAUGUGAAGUCGAAACAAGCCAAGAGGCCCGCGCAUGGCGGUCACUCGCAGCCGCAGUCUGGCACUUCCACGCCGCAUAGGAAUAGCGCUACGACGACCACGUCAAAUGUGGCAGAUUUGACAGCGGCUAUUGCAGCCCUCGAACUCUCUACGAACCCUACACUAUCCAAAGACAGGAGAAAAUGUCCCUGCAAUGCUUCGAUACACCCACUCUUUGCCACUGCACCGAAUUGUCUCAACUGCGGCAAGAUCAUCUGCGCGCUUGAGGGACUGCAGCCAUGCUCAUUCUGUGAUUCACCGAUCUUGACCAAAGAGCAGGUCAACAGUAUGAUCAAGGCGCUCAAGGAAGAACGUGGCAUUGAGAAGAUGGCUGUUCACAAUGCAGGCCAAUCUCAAUCUGGACGCGGUACGCCAAUUUUCGGUGGCGCAACGCCGGACAGCGCCUCGGGAGACGAAGCAUCGUCUGCGGCAGCACGGGCAAGAGCACAUCGAGACAAACUAUUAGCAUUUCAGCGCGAAAAUGCUCAACGGACUCGUGUGCACGAUGAAGCGGCCGACUACGAUACUACGCUCACUCCCGGAACGACGCAGUGGAUGAGCCCUGUCCAGCGUGCUGCGGCGCUGAAGAAGCAGCAGAAAUAUCUCCGCGAGCUGGAGGAGGCACAUCGACCAGAAUGGGAGAAGAAGCGGACGGUGAUGAGCAUGAGCAUCAAGAACGGGAAGCUGGUGAAGACUUAUGGGCAGGAGAAGGCGCCUCCUCUUGUGGCAGAGCAAGACGAUCCGGACGAAGACGAUAGUAUGGAAGAUCAGCAUUUGGGUUUGCACACGGAUGGGAGGCAGGGCGCAUUCAGCAACAAUCCCCUACUGGCAACUGGAAAGCUCAUCCGACCAGUGUGGAAGGCGGCUGAAGGGGUUGACACGGAAAAGGGAAAAGGCCGGGCGGAGGAAAGAAAGAGCGUCUGGCGGAGGGUGCAGGAUGAUAACGAGGACAAUGAGCAGUGGAUCCUAGAUGGCGGACUGCGUGGCUAUGGGACGGAGACGAGGCUGAUGGAGGACGGGUCGCAACAAGAGUGCGGUUGA